CCGUCUCCCUUUCUUUAAUGAUGGGGUUCCGUCCUUGUUCACCGAAACCUCGUUCAGUUCCGUUCUGUUAUUUUUAUUGAGAAGUCUGCGCAGCGGAGUCAAGAGGAGCAACAGCGUUGUGCUUUUCUGCAACACAUUGCUCACUUAAGCGCCCUUUGUGCGUGUGUGUGUAUGUGUGUGUUUUUCAUCGAGGAACGUUCAAAAUCCCAACAGAGUGUCAGCCCUGCAUUGAUAUGAUGCUGCGAUAGUCUGGUGAAACAGUGGGUUAGAUUUCCAUCUACACAGCUAGAUGUAGCCUGAUAAACGAUUUCGUUUUUUAUUAUUUUUGGUGACGUACACCACCAUAUGUUAAUAACUGGUAUAGGCUUUCAUUGCUGAAACAUAAUGGCGAGUUUGUGGAAAUUGACUCGGUAGCUGAGGAACGGGAGUGAUGUUUUCUCUUCCUUUUUGUAUUCGCAGACACCCAGGUGAAUCCCGAUCUUCGUGCGUAAAUUUUUAAGAACCUGUUUGGAUGAAUGUCGCUACAGUGUAGGUAGGCUAUCGCACUGGACGGAGAAUUCGGCAUUGAAAGAAAAACCUCAAUCAAAGAUGACUACGCUCCUCACACGAUGGGAAAAUUAUAACUGGGGCAUGUGUUUUUUAUUUUCAUAUCUGGAUAGCAGAUUGCGAGGUCGGGUAAACACAGAAGGCACGCGGGGGUAUGGCAAAUUCUUGGAAAUAACACGGGGAACAGAAGGAUUCCGGAUGUAAUCUAUCCACACAACUACCAUUUUCUUUUACAUUUUAAGUAAGAUACGACGGAGGGGGAGAGAAGAUCAUCAGCUCGUGGGAUAUGCUACGGCGAGGAGUAAUUAUUUAGCGUGAAACCAGCACACAUCAGAGAUUGUGGAGGCACUGAGGGUUUGGUUCCUUUGGUUUUGGAGACGACGUCCCAGCUGCAGACUUCUGGAAACCUUCAUCUUGAUCAUCAUCGUUAUCAGCGGCAGUAGCAGAAGCCACUUCAAACGCUAUAAGGGAAUCGGACUCCCCCCGAUAAGAGUCUCCCUCUUGGGGCCACACACCGUGGGACUGUCAAGAUCACGGUGUUUUAGACCUCACAAUACCUGUAAUGUGGUAUUACAAAAGGCGGCAUUAACAGAAGCAAAUAAAAGGAACACUGUGAGUGCUGGAAUUCAGAGGACCCUGGACGGCCGGACUGAAGACCUCGUCAAAGUGGUUGGGCUUCCGGGACCUGAUCUGUGGGCUCGGUGCUCUGCUCGGGAGACGGAGAGUUUUCCUCGUGCGUGAAUUCGGCGCGGCCCUGUCGCGGGUGGGGAAGGGGGGGAUAUGAUGGCGCGGCCGGGAUCCGGAGUGAUGGUUUCGGUGAACGGGCUGGGCUACCCGCCGCAGAACCUGGCACGGGUGGUGGUGUGGGAGUGGCUGAACGAGCACGGCCGCUGGCGGCCCUACAGUGCCGCCGUGUGCCACCACAUCGAGAACGUCCUGAAGGGCGAUGCGCGCGGCACCGUGGUGCUGGGGCAGGUGGACGCGCAGCUGGCCCCGUACAUCAUCGACCUGCAGUCCAUGCACCAGUUCCGCCAGGACACAGGCACCAUGAGGCCGGUGCAGCGCAACUUCUACGAGCCAUCGUCGGCGCCGGGGAAGGGCGUGGUGUGGGAGUGGGAGAACGACAGCGGGUCCUGGACCCCCUACGACAUGGAGAUCUGCGUGACCAUCCAGAACGCCUACGAGAAGCAGCACCCCUGGCUGGACCUGACCUCUCUGGGCUUCUGCUACCUCAUCGACUUCAACAGCAUGUCGCAGACCAACCGGCAGAGCCAGCGCAAGAGACGGCUACGGCGCCGCAUGGACCUGGCCUACCCGCUCACCAUGGGCUCCAUCCCCAAGUCGCAGUCGUGGCCCGUGGGCGCCAGCUCGGGCCAACCCUGCUCCUGCCAGCAGUGCAUCCUGGUCAACAGCACCCGCGCCGCCUCCAACGCCAUCCUGGCCUCGCAGCGGCGCAAGGUGUACGGUGGAGGAGGAGGGGGGGCGGGGGCAGCGGCGGGAGGGGGGGGGCGCCACGCCGCCGCGGGCGCCCUCACCGUGGUGCGCCAGAGCAACACCUUCGCCGGCGCCUCCCUCUGGUCGCCGUCCUCCGUGGCCGGCGGCGGCCAUGGCAAUAACAUCGGAGCCGGCGGGGGCCACGGCAAGGCGGAGCAGGUGGGGUCGCCCCCGUCGGCCGGCGCCGGGUUCCCCCGCUCCCCAGCCCUGCCCGCCCUGCCGCCCGCCCACGCCCUCACCAUCAACGGGCAGAACAACCUCAACCGCCCGGGCACCCAGCGCGUCUCCAUGGGAACCGCCAGGGGCGCCAUCCCACCCGGUGUUCCUGCUCUCCCGGUGAAGAACCUGACGGGGUCCGGACCUGUACACCCAGCGCUGGCAGGUAUGACCGGCAUCCUGAUGUGCGCAGCGGGUCUCCCGGUUUGUCUCACCCGUGCCCCGAAACCAAUCCUGCAUCCGCCGCCAAUCAACAAGAGCGACAUGAAGCCCGUCCCCGGGGUGAACGGCAUCCGCCGCAAGACCAAGAAGAAGCACCUGAGAAGAGGAAAGAACCCUGAGGAUGUGGUGCGGAGAUACACAGAGAAAAUCAAAGUGGUUCCAGACGAGGACUGCACCAUCUGCAUGGAAAGGCUGGUAACCUCGUCAGGCUAUGAGGGGGUUCUGAACCACAAGGGCAUCAAGCCGGAGGUGGUGGGCAAGCUUGGGAAAUGCGGGCACAUGUACCACCUGCUGUGUCUGGUGGCCAUGUACAAUAAUGGGAACAAGGAUGGCAGCUUGCAGUGUCCCACCUGUAAAGCCAUCUAUGGGGAGAAGACCGGCACCCAGCCCCCGGGGAAGAUGGAGUACCACGUCAUCCCCCACUGCCUGCCGGGCUACCCGGAGUCCAAGACCAUCCGCAUCGUCUACGACAUUCCCGCCGGCAUCCAGACCACAGAACACCCGAACCCUGGGAAGAAGUUCAGCGCCAGGGGUUUCCCUCGACACUGCUAUCUCCCUGACAACGAGAAAGGCAGGAAGGUGCUGAAGCUCCUCAUCAUGGCCUGGGACCGGCGUCUCAUCUUCACCAUCGGCACGUCCAGCACCACGGGGGAGUCCGACACGGUGGUGUGGAACGAAAUCCACCACAAGACCGAGUUCGGCUCCAACCUGACGGGCCACGGCUACCCGGACCCCAACUACCUGGACAAUGUGCUGACCGAGCUCUCCGCCCAAGGGGUGGGGGAGGAAAACCUGAAAGACUGAGGGGCGAGAGGGAGAUCGCCAAGGACACCACCAACACCUCCCCCCUCGUCCCCGACGGAGGGGGGCUUCAGCCAGAAGGAAGGAAAUGAAUCGCUGAGCAUUGUCCUUUAUUCCCCACCCCUGAAACCGAAAUACAGUCUUCAGUGAACAUGUGUACCUGGGAGUGAAAGAAAUAUAUAUAUAUAUAAAAACAGAUAUUCAAUCUUUUUUUUAGCGUCUGGCUAAAAGAAUGCUUAAGCAAAUAUAUAUAUAUACACAUAUAUAUUUCCAAUUAAUUUCUUUCUCUCUAAUUUCCAUGCCUCAGGCAUGUGUAAUCUUGCCAAAAUGAAAACUGAAGGAGUUGAAUAAAUGUGAGACGAGAUGAACAAUAAAUUGGUGAUCGAUGUAAGCAGGGGCUGUUGUGUGGGUCACUGCAAGCCGAUAGGCUUGUAGCGUGAAGGGAGGCGGGGACAGAACUGCGCGUACUGCGGUAAUGUAGGAGCUUGUGGAAUAUUUGAGGAUUGUUCUGGAGCAUCGGAGGAGAUGCGGGUGGUUGUGACCCUCGGGGGGGGUUUUCUAGAAGGAAGUGUACUUCGAUACCCCAUAAUUUGUCAGCUGCAUCUUGAACGCUGACCGUGUAUCUAUCUGGUAAUGAAGAUACAGUUGGCCCGGGCUGUCAAAGACAAGCUAUGUCCCGUUUGUCCUAGUUUUAGGGAAAUGUGUAUGUAUACGUUUUUAGGGAAGCAAAUUCCUCAUGGUUGGUUUUUGUGAAGAAUCGAGAAGGAGUUUUUUUUUUCAACGGGGUUUUUUUCAACGCGGGUUCGUCGCUGUGCUGAAAUAUUUUCAGUUUGAAACGUUUGAACUUGGAUAGCUAGCGAAGACUAUGGGAGACAUUGUGCGCCCGGUUUUAGGCCACAUUGAAACAAGUAAGCAAACAUGGGAAAGUAAGCGUACAGUUGAUAUGUGUCAAGUGUGAAACUUUUAAGUUAUCUUUCCAAUCGUGGCAUCCGGAAUUAUUUUAGUUUGGAAGUUGUUUGGUGAGAAAACUGAAUCGUUGAGUUCAGCCGUGGUCCGGAAGAAUACAUUCUUGCAUUCCUAAUAUGACUGAAUAUGGUUUGUGGAGGCAAACGAGGCUAAUCUAGACAGUGUCAGGCAUGUCUGCACUAAGGGUAGUGAAAACAGCAUCACUUGUCUGCAAUGAGGGAUUACACGCCGUGCGAAACUUGACGUGACCUCGGCGAGUGCGCGUUUGAAUUCGCUCAAACUGGAUCAAACAGCGUUUCCACCCUGGCGUCCUUAUCAUCAAGUAUGCAAUUUAUGUACUUAAAAUCGUUUUAUGAGCUAAGAAGCAUCAAUCCGGCCUUCACUAGCGCAUCGCGUUGCACAAGGACUCGCGAAAACGCUCUCCAAGGUUACAUUCAUUUGCUUCGCCUGUGCGGGGUGACAGCGGUGACGUCCGUGCGUAAGUCAUGCCCGUUACUCGCUCCCGUCGAGGAAAAGGCACCAGUUGGCGCGAUCCAUCACCGUCAGCGGGAACGCGUGUUGCGCGUGUAUGGUUAAUGAGAGCCUCCGCUCGGUCCUUGACCAGGAGCCGACUGCGCUUCCUCAGAUGCAGCGAGCGCGUCUCUCCGAGGGCGUUCAUGACAGAUAGAGCUGGCAAGCGCAUGUGCCCCCCCAUGGGUACGCUGGCUAACACUAGAGGACACGCCUCUGAUCACAGCGCAAGGUUGCAAGCGCGCGGUGAUGCUGACGGUGCGCUGGGGAGUUAGAGAUCUCGUCCCCCCCCCAUCCCCCCGCC